AUGGGUCUUCCAGCUCCUCAAGGUUCACCUCCUGAAGGGUCUCCCAAAAUGACUGCUGGCACUCCCAUCGUCAAUGGCACAUCCAAUGGUGUUGCUACAAACCCGAAUAACCCCAAUGAGCACAUCAAACGCUUCGAAGCACCCUCGAGAACUCUCAGUCCGCUUAAGCACGCUCUAUUUCACAACAAAACAAGAUGUUUCGUCUACGGCAUGCAACCCCGAGCUGUGCAAGGAAUGCUCGACUUCGACUUCAUUUGCAAGCGUAGUACUCCUUCGGUAGCAGGUAUCAUCUAUACUUUUGGUGGUCAAUUCGUCAGCAAGAUGUACUGGGGUACCAGCGAGACUCUCCUGCCUGUUUACCAGGACGUGAACAAGGCAAUGGCCAAGCACCCUGAUGUUGAUACCGUCGUCAACUUUGCUUCAUCGCGAUCAGUUUACAGCUCUACCAUGGAGUUGAUGCAGCUUCCUCAGAUCAGGUCAAUUGCCAUCAUCGCCGAAGGUGUACCAGAACGACGAGCUCGCGAGAUCAUGGUAGCAGCCAAGGAGAAGGGCGUUACAAUAAUUGGUCCUGCCACUGUCGGAGGUAUCAAGCCUGGUGCAUACAAAAUCGGCAACACGGGUGGGAUGAUGGACAACAUCGUUGCAUCCAAACUUUACCGGAAGGGUUCUGUUGGCUACGUCUCCAAAUCCGGUGGUAUGUCCAAUGAACUGAACAACAUCAUCUCGUCCAACACCGAUGGUGUAUACGAGGGCGUUGCGAUUGGUGGUGACAGAUACCCGGGAACCUCGUUCAUUGACCAUCUUCUACGAUAUCAAGCAGAGCCAGAAUGCAAGAUUUUGCUACUGCUGGGUGAGGUUGGUGGUGUUGAGGAAUACCGAGUGAUCGAGGCCGUGAAGAAGGGCACAAUCACAAAACCAAUUGUGGCUUGGGCGAUUGGCACCUGCGCAGGCAUGUUCAAGACUGAGGUUCAAUUUGGUCACGCCGGUGCUUCUGCCAACUCACAGCUUGAAACUGCAAACAUGAAGAACCAAUCGAUGAAGGAGGCAGGAUUCUUCGUUCCCGACACAUUCGAGGAUAUGCCUGCUGUUUUGGCCUCAGUUUACCAAAGUCUGGUUAAACAAGGCAGCAUAAAGCCUUCCCCGGAGCCAGUCCCCCCCAAGAUCCCUAUCGACUACUCCUGGGCCCAGGAACUUGGUCUCAUCCGAAAGCCAGCCGCCUUUAUUUCCACCAUCUCCGAUGAUCGUGGACAAGAAUUGUUGUACGCCGGCAUGCCCAUCUCGGAUGUCUUCCGAGAGGACAUCGGCAUUGGUGGUGUGAUGUCGCUUCUAUGGUUCCGUCGCCGUCUACCGCUCUAUGCUAGUAAAUUCUUGGAGAUGGUCCUCAUGUUGACUGCUGAUCACGGUCCGGCCGUCUCUGGCGCUAUGAACACUAUCAUCACCACGCGUGCCGGCAAGGACUUGAUCUCUUCGCUGGUUGCCGGUCUCUUGACCAUUGGCUCAAGAUUCGGCGGUGCCCUGGACGGUGCGGCUGAUGAGUUUACGAAGGCUUUUGACAAGGGUCUCAGCCCAAGAGAAUUUGUUGACACCAUGAGAAAAGAAAAUAAGCUCAUUCCGGGUAUCGGUCACCGUGUCAAGUCGCGAUCCAACCCCGAUCUCCGUGUCGAGCUUGUCAAAGAAUUUGUCAUGAAGAACUUUGCCUCGCACAAACUCCUCGACUACGCUAUCGCCGUUGAGACGGUCACCACCUCCAAGAAGGACAAUCUCAUCCUCAACGUCGAUGGUUGUGUCGCCGUCUGCUUCGUCGAUCUCCUCCGUAACUGUGGCGCCUUUUCUCCGGAAGAAGCUGAGGACUACCUGAACAUGGGUGUCCUCAACGGACUUUUCGUUCUCGGGCGCAGCAUCGGCUUGAUUGCUCAUUUCCUUGACCAGAAGAGACUGCGGACCGGCCUGUACCGACAUCCUUGGGAUGACAUCACCUACCUACUUCCAACUUUGGGUAAGGGUGGACCGGGUAACGAGGGCAGAGUUGAGGUCAGCUUGUAG